CGCGCCGCUCGCUCUCCGGUCCCGGCCGGACCCCCUUCCCGCCCCGCGCGGCCGCGUCGGGGCCACUGGUUCCGCGCGUUCGUGGAUGGCUCGGACGCGGCGCCUUGGUCCCGCAGCGCGCCCCCGGCCCACGGGAGAUGUCAGGUCAGCUCCCCGUCCCCGAGCCGCUGCCCGGGGAGGCCGUUCUCGGAACGUGCCCUGGUCAGGAAUAGGCAGAUCGUCUGUGGUCAGAACCCCGGAUCCCACUUUGGGGAGAAGGCAGGGCGGACGCUUCCCAGCCACCACUCCCCAGUCUUUCUCCUUAGCAGAGGAAAAAGCAGCCUUCUUCCCACUUGGAAAGGAACCCAUAUUCCUUCAGCUGUCCCUCAGCUCGGGCACCCGCGGGUGCCCUGUCGGUGGAGAGCGCGGCCCCCCAUCUCCUCGGGGAGGUUCCUCGGCAGGACGUCUCCCGCGGCAAAGCGGGCGAGGCCGCGGCGGGCACAGUGGCGGCGGCCGCGCUCCUGCCAUCUUGCGUGGGGGAGGGGCCGGGGCGGCCGCCAUGCGGAGCAGCGGGAGGGAGGGGACGGCGGCGGGCGAGGGAGGGGGCGGAGGAGCCCAGUUAGCUGGUCCCGGGCGGCGGCUCCGGCAGCGCCGGGAGAGCGGGCAGCGGCGGAGAUUGAAGUGAGUGAAUUCAGAUAUAUAACAACCUUGUUUAGAGGGCUUUUUAAAAAAAAGUUGAUUCCGUGCAUGAGAGCAAGUUACUGCUGCUUACCGUUCAGAGACUUACAGGUGCUUGCCUGCAUUGCAAUAAAGGACUCAUAUAUUGAGCAAGACUUAUAUUUAUCUCUUCGUUUUGGAGAGCCUAAUAAACUGUUAUUACAGUUUCUCUACUGACUUUCAAAAGUUUUUGAAGUUUGAAAGAGACAUCUUUACAGUUAAUACAGCAUGAGCACGGCCAGAACAGAGAACCCUGUUAUAAUGGGUCUGUCCAGUCAAAAUGGUCAGCUGAGGGGCCCUGUGAAGCCCAGUGGCGGCCCUGGAGGAGGGGGCACACAGACACAGCAACAGAUGAACCAGCUGAAAAACACCAACACAAUCAAUAAUGGCACUCAGCAGCAAGCACAGAGUAUGACCACCACUAUUAAACCUGGUGAUGACUGGAAAAAGACUUUAAAACUCCCUCCAAAGGAUCUAAGAAUCAAAACUUCGGAUGUGACUUCCACAAAAGGAAAUGAGUUUGAAGAUUACUGUUUGAAACGGGAGUUACUGAUGGGAAUUUUUGAAAUGGGCUGGGAAAAGCCAUCUCCUAUUCAGGAGGAAAGCAUUCCCAUUGCUUUGUCUGGUAGGGAUAUUUUAGCUAGAGCAAAAAAUGGAACAGGCAAGAGCGGUGCCUACCUCAUUCCCUUACUUGAACGGCUAGACCUGAAGAAGGACAAUAUACAAGCAAUGGUGAUUGUUCCCACUAGAGAACUUGCUCUACAGGUCAGUCAAAUUUGUAUCCAGGUCAGCAAACACAUGGGAGGGGCCAAAGUGAUGGCAACCACAGGAGGAACCAAUUUACGGGAUGAUAUUAUGAGGCUUGAUGACACAGUGCACGUGGUAAUAGCUACCCCUGGGAGAAUCCUGGAUCUUAUCAAGAAAGGAGUAGCAAAAGUUGAUCAUGUCCAGAUGAUAGUAUUGGAUGAGGCAGAUAAGUUGCUGUCACAGGAUUUUGUGCAGAUAAUGGAGGAUAUUAUUCUCACGCUACCUAAAAACAGACAGAUUUUAUUAUAUUCUGCUACUUUCCCUCUUAGUGUACAGAAGUUCAUGAAUUCCCACUUGCAGAAACCCUAUGAGAUUAACCUGAUGGAGGAACUAACUUUGAAGGGAGUAACCCAGUACUACGCAUAUGUAACUGAGCGCCAAAAAGUACACUGCCUCAACACACUUUUCUCCAGGCUUCAGAUAAACCAGUCGAUCAUUUUCUGUAACUCCUCUCAGCGAGUUGAAUUGCUAGCCAAGAAGAUUUCUCAACUGGGUUAUUCUUGCUUCUAUAUCCAUGCUAAAAUGAGGCAGGAACAUCGAAAUCGUGUAUUUCAUGAUUUUCGAAAUGGCUUAUGCCGCAAUCUUGUUUGCACUGAUUUGUUUACCCGAGGUAUUGAUAUACAAGCUGUGAAUGUGGUAAUAAACUUUGACUUCCCAAAGCUGGCAGAGACCUAUCUCCAUCGUAUUGGAAGAUCAGGUCGCUUUGGUCAUCUUGGCUUAGCCAUCAACUUGAUCACAUAUGAUGAUCGCUUCAACCUGAAAAGUAUUGAGGAGCAGCUGGGAACAGAAAUUAAGCCUAUUCCAAGCAACAUUGACAAGAGCCUGUAUGUGGCAGAAUACCACAGCGAGCCUGUAGAAGAUGAGAAACCCUAACAAGCAUGUGCGUACCUGACAGAAUGCCAAGUGAGCAUAUUGUUUAAAGAAAGGAAAACCAGAUCCUCUCCCCUGAGGGAAAUUUGAUGUCCUACCUAUAGCAAUACAGGGUAAAACACCUGUUGGGAUAAAUGGCAGUAAAUUUGAAGUAUCUCUUGGGUAAAGUUGUAGUUUCAUUAGAGAUUUCAUAGUGCUGUUCUUGAAUGGAGUCUUCCUAAGUUAUGUGGUAUGUGAGCAGUACUUAAGUAAAUGCAGACUUCCAAAUAAUGAAAGCAAAAAAGCAUCUUUUUCAGCAGUUUUGAAUAUGAAAACACUUCCUAUUCAUCUUUCCUUUAUCAUUCCAUUUUAUUUCGUUAGCAUUCACUCUUAUUUUUUAGUGGGUAUCUUAAUAUUAUCAAGUUAAAUUUCCUGUAUACUGUGUUGCUAAAUGUGUGAUCAGGCUGUAAGGAUAACUUUUUUUAAUGCACCACCCUCUCCAUUUUUUGGUGACUUUUGGCCUCUGGUAAAAAUGCUCAAAAUCCCUAAAGAGAUGUAGGCUAUCUUGGUUUUUUUCCUAAGGAAAACCUGAUUUAACUUGAGAGAUGGUAGUUUCAAAUUGGCAAUGAACAUUUUACCUGUUUUAAAAUUUUUCAAAUUACUCUUUUCACUUUAACCUUAAAAAAAAUUUUUUUUUUCUUGAUUUGUCUUCCAUGACUACAGCUGCCUGUUAGCAGAACUUUCAGGCUCUUACUUUAUCUCUGGGAUUCCUGGCAGAGAUUCCUUAUCCUGUG